CGACCGAACCGCGGCGCCGCAGCUCAGCUCCCACUGACUCGAUUCGGCCGCUCCGACGCUCCGUAGCCGCCGGGAACUGAGCGGCAGCCACCCGACUCCGGUGGUUCCACGGAAGAACGGCAGGCAGCCAGUCACACUUCCCCCGCCGACGCGUCGAUUGGAUUGGAUUGGAUUGGACUGGACUGGUGAUCCAUCCCAACUUGGGGGGUCAGCUGAGCCGGCAGCAGCGAGAGUUCUCAAGCCAGUAUGUUGUUCUUCUCCUACUUCAAGGAGCUGGUGGGGAAGGAGGUGACAGUGGAGCUUAAGAACGAUCUGGCGAUCCGCGGGACACUCCACUCGGUCGACCAGUACCUCAAUAUCAAGCUCGAGAACACUCGCGUCGUCGUCGCGGACAAGUAUCCCCACAUGACAUCGGUGCGCAACUGCUUUAUCAGGGGUUCCGUGGUGCGGUACGUACUGCUUCCACAGGACGGUGUGGACAUCGACAUCCUCCAUGAUGCCACCAGGAGGGAGGCACGCGGAGGCUGAUGAUACUCAGUCCUCUUCUGCUUCCCCAAGAGGAGCCCCCCACUGAUCCAAGGUAAACGAAACAUGUGUGCUGGUGUGAUAGACACUGGUGUUGACAGAACUCUAUCUAUCAAUCGCUCCUGGUACUUGAAGUGACAAACAUUAGAAGGUUAUUGUAUGUCCUGUUAUUAGGGAAUGCAAUCGGUAAUGCCGUGGCCCUGUGUAUUUCUUGUGUAUUUCAAUUAGUAAUAUUGUUAGACCAAACAGGGCCCAUUGAUUAGCUGUGAUGUUCUCCUCUGUCUGGCCAUGUUCUUGAGAAGUUAUCAUUGGCAUGACGUGCAAAGCAUUGUUAA